GGGGCGGCGUGCGGAGCUAGUGUGAGGCACGGAUCCCCGCUCGGCCCGGAGUUUUAACAGGUUUUUUUUUUUUUUUUUAAUUUCCCCCCCCCCCCCCCCCCCACCUUCGCCCACCUGCUUUCCCCAUGGAGUUCAAGCUGGAGGCGCAUCGCAUCGUCAGCAUCUCGCUGGGCAAGAUCUACAGCGCGAGGGGCCAGCGCGGCGGCCUGAAGCUGCACAAGAACCUCCUGGUGUCGCUGGUGCUGCGCAGCGCCCGACAGGUCUACCUGAGCGAGCCGGGCUGCCCGCCCGAGCCGCCCCCCGCGGCCGCCGCGCACCCCGAGGACGAGCCGCCGCCCCGCACCGCCGCCUGGGCGGCCGAGGAGCCGCCGCCGCCGCCCCCGCAGGACGAGGCGGGGAGGGACUGCCAGGGCCCCCGGCCGCGGCGCUGUUGCUGCGGCGAGAGCCGCGGGGGCUGCGCCGGGCCCCCCCCCCCGCCGCCGCACUGCCCCCGCAAGCGGGGCGCCGGCGAGCGCGGCCAGGCGGGCUCCCCGGUGAAGAAGCCCCGCCGCGAGGAGGAGGAGCCGCCGCCGCUGCCGCCACCGCCGCCGCCCUCGCCACCGGGCGAGCAGGAGGACAUGGAGACGGGCAACGUGGCCAGCCUCAUCAGCAUCUUCGGCUCCAGCUUCUCGGGACUGCUCAGCAAGGAGCCCAAGGGCCGGCGGCGACCGCCUCUGGACGGCGGCGAAGCGGCGGCGGGCACGGCGCCCGCCGAGGCGGCGGCCGAGCCGGGACAGAUCUGCUGCGACGAGCCAGUGCUGCGGACCCUCAACCCGUGGAGCACGGCCAUCGUGGCCUUCUGAUGUCCCGGCCGCAGAGACUGGCUCCCCGCCGCGGCCCGGGGGGCCCGGAGGUGCCACCCACCGAGCGCCGCGGGGCUCCGGCGCCGGCCAGACCCGG